CCGACAUACACAUACAUUUUUAUUCUAUUCACAUCAUUGACUGGCUGGACUUCUAAUAAUGAUGUUACGCUUAGCUGUGUUUGGAAUUCUGUGGGUGAUGACAAAUGCCUUCACUAAUAUUUCACCCAAACCGACAUAUCUUGUUCCCGACGUUGCAUUGUGUAAAACUGGGUACUACCAACUGCCAGAUCAGCCAUGUUGCCGCUAUUUCCAAUGUCUUCCAGAAACUUUAGGUGAACUACGUGCAUAUAACAGAUCAUGUCCAAGACCCCUGAAGUGGAAUAGUGCCACUUGUACAUGUGACUAUAGCUCUCGUUUUAUACCAGAAGGUUGUGUAGAUUCUGAGGACUGUUGGGAUGAUCCUGUUGCACCAACUGAUUGCCCAGAUCCCAGUGAACCAUGGAACACUGCAAAACAAUGUUGCGAGAAAGGUGUAACUUACAAUGACCACAGCUCAGGUUUUGGACGGAAUUACUCCAGUGUUGAAGGGGACCCCACCAUGUAUGAGUUUUGUGGGGAACUAAAUGAAUGUCCCUAUGGACUGACAUUCAGUGUGCAAUACUGUGCAUGUGACCACAAAAAGGGUGGCAUUGGAUGUCUCCUUUGGAACUUUGACAACCCUAGCCCCCUAGUGGAUGUCCACCAAAAUGUACUUAUGACUCCAGUCAACUGUUCAGCAUCUAAUGGGCAACUCAACUGCCCAGGAACAAGCAGUUCUAGCCAACCAGGGGCAGAGAUAUAUGUCUUACAAAAAGCGUACUUGGGUGUGGCAGCUACAUUCUUUGGGAGAUUUAACUCAAGUGGAAAUGUGAUGGUAAUGUCCAAUGAAAGUCCUGGAAAUGCAGCAACUGUUUCAAUUGAACUGGUUGGCCAAACACUCAUAGCAUCUUUCAGACUGCCUGAUGAUUCUGUUGACACAUGUCAGGUGACAUAUAAUUUCAACAUACUUUAUGACAGAUGGUUCGUCUUAGCAGUUGAUGGUGGGAAUGUAAGACUGGCAUUUGGUGACAAUGAUGGCUUUGCUGACACACUAUGUGUAAAAUCGUCAUCAUUCAACCUUGUUUCGAAUAAAUGUCCUCUUGGGCUUGGGUUCCAAGACACAGUAUAUAAACAGUUUGGAUUCUGCCGGUUUGCUUGGACUCAAGGAGACAUAGCGACUUACAUGGCUGACCCAAGUGUAAUUGGGGAGAACCCAUAUACUUCAAGUGGCUCAUGGAAUGUAUUUGAUCCAUGGCCACAAUAAAAGGCAUUUACGAGAAUGUGGUCCCCAACUUGAUCUGAUUUUUAAUACCAGGCUUUUUCCCUGUUCUUCUUAUAAAAUUGUAAAACAUAAGCCAAAUGAAAUAUCCUGUAAUAUUAUUAAGAAAUAAGAAAACAAGAUUUUGGGAUGAUCACACCCCUAAACAGAUAAUUCUUAACUUGUAAGGGCAAAAGGUCCAGAUGAUAAACAAUGCAGAGAUACCAGCAUUAUAUUCUUGUAAUAGAAUGGUUAUGAUGUUAAAAUAAAGAUACAUGAAAGGCCCAUUAUUGCCCGAUAUUGUUAAUUUAAUGAAUUUACAUAGAAUUCCAAUACCAUAAAAGGUUAAGCUUGACAUUAAUUUUGUGUUGGAUAUAAGCAUUAAUGUCUAUCAAAAUACUAGAAACAUGUGAUAAAAAUAUAUUGUCAAGUUAAAUGGGUGGGUUUUGUUGUAUUUUUUAAACUAUUGAAUGAAUAAGUAUCAAAUAAUCUGAUGUAUUUCUUUGUAAUUACAUUCGAUUGGAAGAUAUCCUAAAAGGGUUUCAUAUACAUACUCAUAUGUGUCCCUGUAGGAGAGUAAGAACAUAUUGCCAUACUAUAACAAUAUGAAAGCACAAACAGCAACAUUUCAAAAUCAAAAAGGCAAACCUUUAUAUUUCAAACACACCAUACUUAUCCAACAUGAAAUGUCAACUGUUUCAUACUAUGUUUGAACUGAAAAAUAUUUUUUGAAAUCUGAUAAAUUCCCUGAGUUAGAAAUUAAAAAGCUCAAAAAUAUAACCUUGAACCCUUUUGUAAAAUCCUG